UCAACACUUGGGCCCGUCCGAUAGGGAUGUCGUUCUUCGAAGACGGAAGCCGCGUUUGGGUGAAGACUGCCGAGACCUGGGUGCCCGCAGUGGCCGCAGGCAACGAUGGCACUCAAUCCUCCUUCAAGGCCGACGACGGCCAGGUGCAUGUGGUGCCAAACGAGUCCAUUGGCCCAGACACCGUGACCGCCAUGCACGAGACCAGCCAGAACGGCAUGGAGGACAUGGCCCAGCUCGCAGAUUUGCACGAGGGUUCCCUCCUCUACAACAUUGCCCUGAGGUUCAAGCAGAACAAGAUCUACACGUACAUUGGGUCCAUCCUCUCCGCCGUCAACCCGUACCAGCGAUUCAACGAACUCUACGGUCCAGAGAAGAUUGAGGAGUACAAGGGCAAGACCAUUGGCGAUCUGUCUCCGCACAUUUACGCCAUCGCCAACGAGGCGUACCACGCCAUGUGGAAGAACGAUGCAAACCAGGCCAUCCUCAUCAGCGGCGAGUCUGGCGCAGGCAAGACCGAGUCCACCAAGUUCAUCCUGAGCUUCCUGUCGCAUCUCAGCAACACCAUCAACGACUCCAAGGGCGUUACCGCCGCCAAGAACUACGAGGAGCAGAUUGUGCUCAGCAGCCCCAUUCUUGAGGCAUUUGGCAACGCAAAGACCGUCUACAACAACAACUCCUCCCGGUUUGGCAAGUUUAUCCAGCUGGCCUUCUCCUCUGGUGGCACAGUGGAAGGCGCAAAGAUCAUCGACUACCUCCUCGAGAAGAACAGGGUUGUGCGCCAGAACGAGAACGAGCGCAACUUCCAUGUGUUCUACUGCCUGCUUGCGAGCGACAAGCUGGACAAGCUGUACCUUGAGGCGGACCCGAGCAAGUACCACUACACGUCGCAGUCUGGCGUGUGGACGGCGGACGGCAUUGAUGACGGCGAGGACCACGCGCGCCUGCUCAAGGCGUUUGAGGCCAUGUCCUUCACGCAGGAGCAGCAGGACGACAUCUUCAAGAUCCUCGCAGCCAUCCUCAUCCUCGGCAACGUCAACUUUGUCAACCAGGGUGGCGCGCACGUUGUGACGCGCGAUGUGCUGCAGCAGUGCUCGGAGCUGCUCGGCGUGGAGGCGGACGACGUUGCCGAGAUUCUCACCCAGCAGAAGCGCGUUCUUCGCGGCGAGGAAAUCUUCACCCCGCUCGAAGUCGACCAGGCUGCGGACUCGCGGGAUUCGCUUGCAAUGGCGCUGUACGCGCGCACGUUCAAGUGGAUCAUCUCCAAGCUCAACCUCUCCCUCAAGGGCCAGGAGUCGUUCCACUUUGUCGGCGUCCUCGACAUUUUCGGCUUUGAGAACUUUGAGCACAACUCCUUUGAGCAGUUCAACAUCAACUACGCAAACGAGAAGCUCCAGCAGUACUUUAACAGGCACAUCUUCUCCCUGGAGCAGCUUGAGUACAACAAGGAGGGCAUUGACUGGAGCGACAUUGACUGGGUGGACAACGCCGAGUGCCUUGACCUGAUUGAGCGCAAGCUCGGCGUCCUCUCACUCAUUGAUGAGGAGAGCCGCUUCCCCAAGGGCACCGACAACAGCCUCCUCGUCAAGCUCCACUCCUCCCACGGCAACGAGGACUCGCCGCACUACAUUCGGCCGCGCAUGCAGAACACGCUGUUUGGCAUCCGCCACUUUGCCGGCGACGUCAUGUACGACGUCUCUGGCUUCCUCGAGAAGAACCGCGACACCUUCAGAGAGGAUCUGCUUGAGGUGCUUCGGGAGAGCAACAGCGAUUUCGUGUACGACCUGUUUGAGCACGACUCGUCUCGCGGCGGCGGCAAGCGGCCCGGCACCGCCCGCAAGAAGCCAACCGUCAGCUUCCAGUUCAAGGAGUCGCUACACCACCUCAUGUCGAUGCUUGGCGUGGCCUCGCCCUUCUUCGUGCGCUGCCUCAAGCCAAACACCAAGAAGGUUGCUCAGCAGUUUGAGCACAACAUCGUCCUCAACCAGCUCCGCUACUCUGGCAUGCUUGAGACGGUGCGCAUUCGCCGCGCGGGCUACCCUGUCCGCAGGGAGUUUUCCGACUUCCUCUUCCGCUACCGCGUGCUGUCCAGCGGUAUCGACAGCAACCUGCCCAUGCCCGACCAGAGCAAGGCCCUCCUCGCCAAGUUUGACGCAAACGCCAAGGACUGGCAGAUUGGCAAGAGCAAGGUGUUCCUGCGGGAAGGGCUUGAGGUUGAGCUUGAGAAGGAGCGGCACGUGAGCCUCAAGGCGACGGUGCAGAAGAUCCAGGCCGUCAUCUUGGGCUAUAUCCAGCGCAAGCGCUACAAGAUUAUGCUGCGCAACGCCCGCCGCAUCCAGGCGUGGGUGCAGAUGGUGCUCACGCGCCGGCAGUACCUCAAGGAGAAGGCGGCGGCCAUCAAGAUCCAGGCCGUGUACCGCGGGUACCGGGCCCGCGUGCUGCGCGCCCAGCUGGAGGAAGAGCGACGCAUCGAGGAGGAGCGCCGCCGCGAGGAGGAGCGCCGCAGGGAGGAGGAGCGCCUCGCCGAGAUUGCGCGCCUGGAGGCCGAGGCCAAGGCGGCUGCUGAGGCCGAGGAGCGGGAGCAGCAGGAGGCGCAGCGGCGGCUUGAGGAGGCCCGGCAGCGGCAGGAGGAGGAAGCAAAGCGCAGGCAGGAGGAAGAGGCGCAACGAAAGGCAGACGAGGACCGCCGCCUCGCUGAGGCCCGCGAACGCGCAAAGGUGCUGGAGCAAGAGCAGCGGCAGCGCGAGGAAGAGGCCCGUCGCAAGGCCGAGGAGGAGCGGCUUGCAGCAGAGGAGGCCGAGCGGCAGCGGCAGAUGGAGGAGGAAGCGCAGCGCCUUGAGGAGCAGCGCAUGGCGGAGGAGGCCCGCCGUGAAGAGGAGCGCAUGCAGGCGAUGCGCGACGCCGAGGCCGAGGCCGCGCUUGAGGAGGCCGAGGGCAUGAUGGACGAGGAGAUUGAGGAGGAGCACCACGAGGGCUACCUCGCCAUGUUCCGCGGCGUCCUGCAGAACCUCAAGAGCAAGUGGUGCGUGCUGCACGGCAACACGUUCAUGUUCUUCAAGAAGCAGCAGGACUCGAUCCACGCGGGCUUCCUCACGAAGAUGGGCGGCGGUACGAGCACGCUUGGCCGCAAGAACUGGAAGCGGCGCUGGAUGGCGCUCAAGGGCGGUAAGCUGCACUACUACCCGUCUCAGGACGAGAAGGACGAGCUUGGCGUUGUCGACAUUCAGAACUGCAUCGAGAUCAUCUGCGACGACCUUCCCCUCAAGAAGGAGCACGCCUUUGCCAUCGACACGGGCAAGCGCACGUACUUCAUGUAUGCGGACUCUGAGGAGGAGCGUGAGGAGUGGCUUGAGAUCCUUGGCAUGGUCAAGGGCAAGAGCGACGCCGAGCUCGCCCAGAUGAUGGAGACCGCCAGCGUCAACCCACGCAACGCCCAGGGCACCAUUGACGUGGACGACAUUCUGUCUGUGGGUCCCGCGCACUCGGACAUUGACGGCCAUCCAUCGUUUGUCGUGAUGACCGCCGAGCGCGUGUACAAGUUUGUGGCGCGCGACCAGGGCGAGAUGCAGGCGUGGAUCAAGGUCCUCAGCCCCAAGAAGCGCGACCCAACAAGCGACCUCGACGGCGGCGACACGGCUGUUGUUGAGCGCGGGUGGAUGCUCAAGGCUGGCGGCAAAGGAAACGCCUUCAAGCGCCGCCGCUGGUUCAUCCUCCGCGGUGAUGUCAUCAGCUACUACAAGACCCCGGCGGACGAUCUGCCUGUUGCGACCAUCCCGCUCAACUCGCUGUGCUCCGUGAUUCCGCCUGACGAGGCUGAGGCUGCACGCGCCGGCGAGUGGACGUUCACGGUGCACUCCCGCCACAAGACCUUCUACCUCACCUGCAAGACCCAGGCAGAUGCCAACCGCUGGAUCAACGCCAUCCAGGAUGUGAUUGACAACUCGCCGCUGAUGGAGAUGCCCAUGGAGAAGCUGAUUGACGAGCUCAAGCUCGCGUCCCCACAAGAGGCCGACCAGAUCUACGCCACACACAAGCUGUUGACGUACUCAUCCAAGCCGCUCAAGGGCUCGCUGCUGCCGCUGCCGUACGGCGAGAUCACGUCUCCGUCUGGCGCCCGCGCGUACGAGACGCUUGAGGCUGAGGCGGUGAAGCUGAGCGCAUCGCUUCUGCCAGCGGUGGAGACUGGAGGCCGUGGCGGCCGCUUUGGCUCUCCGGAGAACCCGGCUGAGCUCAUCCGCAACGUGCUGCAGCUGUGCUUUGAUGUGCCCAAGAUGCGCAACGAGGCCUACUGCCAGGUGAUUGUGCAGACGACCAACGCACCCAACCCUGGCUCCCAGCUCAACCUCACCCACUGGCACCUGCUGGCCGCCAUGUGCUGCUCCUUCCUCCCCUCGCGCAAGUUUGUGCGCUUCCUCCGCUUCCACCUCAAGCGCACCAUCGACCACCUGGAACAGGUUGGCGAGGAGGUGGUGAACAUUGCUGCGUUCUGCCUGGAGGCGCUCAAGCACACCAAGACGCGCGACUUCCCACCAUCCACAAAGGAGAUUGAAGCCAUCAUGUCUGGCAAGGGCCUCUCCUGCACCGUGUUCUGCGUCAACGGCAGGACGGUGGACAUGCCCAUCACCUCCAGCACCACGUGCGCGGAUGUCAUCAACUACGUCAAGGAUGAGCUCGACCUGACGCAAUGCCGCAACGGCUUUGGCCUCUUUGAGACGUGCGGCUCCGUCAGCAAGUACCUCGAAGAGAAGUACACGGUUGCUGAUGUGCUGUCCAAGUGGGAGAAGUACGAAGCACACGGCAUCAACCCUGAGGGCGGCUCCUGGCGCCUCACCUUCAAGCUCUUUGCCUUUUACGACCCCAUCGCUCCAGACCUCUCCAUCACCGAGAAGGAGUUCCUGUUCGAGCAAGCGUUUGAGAACGUGAUGAACCACCGCUUCCCCGCUGACGACGCCACGCACAUCAAGCUCGCUGCCCUCCGCACGCAGUACGUCGUUGGCGACCACGAGGCCGGCGCGUACAUGUCCUCGCUCGUGAAGGUGCACCCUGCCCAGCAGCCGCAGCUGCUCGCAGACACGGCUGCAACCGGCGGCAGCACCCUCAAGCGCGCUGGCACCAUGAUCAAGGGCACGCUCAAGGGGCUUGGCCGCAACACCAUCCGUCGCCUGCGUGGCGGCACGCUCAAGAAGUCGGAGCAGGUGUCUGAUGCCGAGCUGAAGAAGAUCAACGACAAGAUUGUCAAGGACUGGGAGCACAUGCGCGGCAUGUCCAAGGACGACGCGCGCGAGGCGUACAUGCAGAUUAUCCAGGCCUGGGAGGGCUACGGCUGCAACCUGUUUGAGGUGGUGCAAACCACCAAGAAAGAGUGGCCAAAGGAGCUCUGGCUGGCCAUCAGCCUGGAGGGCGUUGGCAUCUUCCCCCGCAACCAGUCGCAGCGUCUUGCGUUCUUCAAGUACGAGACCAUCCUCAGCUUCGGCGCUCCGCAGGCCAACCAGUACAAGAUCCUUGUUGAUGGCGGUCCAGGCGCCAUGGUCUUUGAGACCAACAUGGUGCUUGAGAUUGCCAAGUUGAUGAAGGAGUACAUCAAGGAAAUCGUGCAUCGUCGUGGUUAAAGCCUUCCUAGCUCCUCCUCAGUCUGCUUCCUCUUUUUCAUUCUCCUGUUUCCACUUUGCUGCCCGUGUCCUGUCGUGCCACUUUGUUGCUCGUGUUUGUGUUUUCAGUUCCUCGAUCGUGUUCAUUGUCCUGCCCCUUUGCCAUUGUGGUCUGCAUGCUUUUCGGCUCUUUGUUGGUUACAACCCCCCCUCCCCUCACCGCUGCUAUGUCGCUUCUUCACCCACGAGCACCACGCAACAUAAUCCUCCCACGCCGAUCUUACUUCAGCCUAAGUCCCUUGGUGUUUGCUCUGUUUGCUCGGGAGUUUGUGUUGGAUCCCUCUUCUUGUGAGUUGUGAGUUGUUUGUUGUUGUUUUGUGUUGUUCGUACUGGUUUUGUGUGUCCCCUCGCCCAUCUCCUUUUGACUCUGCCCCGCCCCCCUUCUCCUCCCAAACACUGCACCAAGCUCCUACCCCAGUUCUCAAACACUAAAGCAGCGACCCAUCAAAACGUGUGCUUGCC